AUGGCAGCAGGGACGUUAAAACCGUCCUUAUUGUUGAGCAUCUGUGCAUUCGGCUCAGUCCAAAUGCUGCUCAAAGAGCAUGGGUUCACUCAUGCCUGGGCUGAUCAUGCGGGUAAGCUCGCAUUACUCGCUGCUGAAACGCCACACGAGGAAAACCUGGUUACAUUCGCGACCCUUAGUCUCUUCUGGUACACGCAAGGUUUCUGGAGAAGGUCUUAUAUAUACAAAGGUUAA